GAUCAUCUAUUGGCCACACGUCUUCACGUGAUCCGAUUACGCAGGUCAGAGUGCACCAAAUUUCAUCACGUAGCUUGCUUGUGUUUCCGGUCUGCCGUUUUCGGAUGCGUUUGCGCGCUAAAUCCAAGUGUGACCACCCCCAUGACUGGCGAGGAAUUGGAGGUUUCUUUUGGAGGAAGACAGUGUGGAUUGAGCCGAGGAGCAUUUCAGCAUGGAGUGAAGAUAGAUUAAAUUACAAAUGUAGAGAGCCUAUUUUCCUGUGGAACGCUACCCCACAUGCUCACCUGCUGUGGAUAGCUGGUUCCAGCAGACUGAGCAGAUGUGUGACCAGGCCCGCCAACAUCUAGAGCAUGCAGCCCAAACAAGCAAGAAAUUUGCGGAUAACGUGGAGAGACAACCAGCUACAAACCAAGUAUGGCUUUCUACCAGAGACCUACGGGUCACAGAGGGAAGCCGAAAAUUGUCACACAAAUUCACCGGCCUAUUCAAAGACCUCCAUAGAAUAAACCACAUCACCUACAAGCUGUAAUUACCAUGACAAGUUGCUUAGCCCUAUGGUUCCAUGUUUCCCAUCUCAAACUAGUCACUUCAGGUCCCCUCACAGAGGGCAGUCUCCCCUCCACCCCCCCAGAACCCCUGGACAUUAAAGGCCAUAUAAGAGAUACAGGAUUCACAAUGUCGAGAUGGUAAACUGCACUACCCCCUACUGGGUUGGGACUUUCAUGCAUGCCACCCCAAUCGUCUAGGUCCAUGUGCUAAGACACUUCGCAAAUACUCGUAUCAAAGUAUAUGCUCUGCAUCAUUGCCAGUCAAUACCAAGCCUUGAUUUACUGUUUGCUUAAGUGGAAUGAUCUAGUUUGUGUUAUUCAUGUUUUCUCUCUUGCUUGCCCUUGUUUGUUGUUUGCUCAUUGCCUGUUUUUUGACCAUGCUUCUGGAUUACAUCUUUGUCUUGUUUGCCUCUAUUAAUAAAACCACUGAGUAUCUGCACAUGCAUCCUUAACUGUUUCCUGACAAGUACAAGUUACAGAAAAGGACAGAUGAUGGAAUCAUAAAUUUUGUAUGAAAUUCUAACAUUUCUGUUUACCAUGUUUGGUAUUCAGAGGAAACACAGUAUGGACCCAGUAGCGCAUUACAGACUUGAAACUCUAAAGAAAUAUAUCAGAAAUGCAGCUGCCUAGUGGCCUUCAAGUAUGUGUACUGUGUAAAUAUUUGCCCCACAUAAUUAGUGUUAUGCAUUAUUAUCAAUGAGAUCACGAUUUAAUUAACACUCAACCCUAAUAGUUUAAUUGUGUUUAAAAUAUUUUAUAGGAGCAGAUGAUUUUUGGUUUGAGAGGUUUACAAUUUAGCUUUACAAUUUAGUACAAUUUCUGUUAAUCAGUAAAGUGGUUUUCUACUAUGUUUUCAUAAUGCUCCAAUUUACAUGUCAGUCUUUUGUCUCUCUUUUUUUUUUUUCUUUUUUUUUUCUCUAGUGAAAAAAAUCCAACAAAUAAAAUCACUCAGAGGUAUGUUGUAAAAACGUGGUGCGGUUAUUCACAAUGGAAUUUUAGACAUUAAAAUGUAGCUUCUUGCAUAAAUCUCAGGAGCUGUUGUGCAGACUUGCGUUUCUUGCUAGUCAUGUGACAUGUACACUGACUGUUAAAUAAAUAAAUUGCCCUGGAGUAAAGACACAUUUCCUGAUGCUAUGACUGUUACCAACACAUUGAAAAGGUAUGUAGGGUAUGCAUAAUGUCUAGAUAUCUUUUGGUAACUUAUAUAAUUGGCGUUUGUUUUGAAAUCUAUACUUAAUAUCACAAUCUAUCUAAAAUCAAGAUAAACGUAAUGUAACAAUAAUUAAAUAAUUUUUACUCAUUUUGUAUUGUGUAACCAUUUUAAUUUGUAUAUACUCUGUAUUUGCAUUAAAUCUGAAAUUUUCUCUUUAAGGACAUCAAAUCAUGUCAGGAGGAAACAUGACAUUUGUGAAGGACUUUUUUAUAGUUGGUUUUCCUGGACUUCGUCCAAAUUACUAUGCCCUUGUAUCUGCAGUUAUGUUCUUAGUUUAUGUGUGCAUUGUGAUAGGGAAUGGAAUUUUUCUUCUGUUGUUUGCAACAAACAAAAGUCUCCAUAAACCCAUGUAUUACAUUUACGUAAGUCUUGUGUUGUCUGAUGUAUUGUUCAGUACAUGCACCUUACCAAAGAUCAUCGCUCGAUAUUGGUUCGACGAUGGGACCAUUUCUUUUGCAGCUUGUUUUUUUCAGAUGUACUUAGUGCAUUAUUUUGGUGUGGUCAAUUCAUACACACUAGCUGUAAUGGCCAUAGAUCGAUAUAUAGCAGUAUGCUUCCCAUUUCAUUACCACAGUCUUAUGUCAAACAGGAAUAUAGUAAUUCUGAGCCUAGCAGUUUGGGUUUUUUCUCAUCCUUGCAGUAUAAUGAUGGUUGUUCGGGCUUCUCCCCUACCUUACUGUGGAGCCAACACCAUUUUACACUGCUAUUGUGAUCACAUAUCUAUUACCCGACUUGCAUGCACUGACAGGAAUCCAUAUAGUUUACCAGCUUUUGUUUAUGCCAUGGUAGUAUUGCUGGGAUCUCUUGCCAUUAUUGUGGUCUCAUAUUCUUUCAUUAUUCUAGCUGUCCUACAAAUAUCAAGUAUACAGGGUCGGCUAAAGACUUUUUCCACAUGUAGCUCUCAACUCAUUAUAAUUGCACUCUUCUUCUUACCAAGGUGUUUUAAUUACUUGGCCGCCAAUGUAGGGAUCACAUUUAAUGCUGAUUUGCAAAUAGCCAUCAUUAUGCUGUAUAGCUUGCUACCUCCAAUGAUAAAUCCUUUACUGUAUAGUCUAAAAACAGAAGAAGUUAAGAAGAUUAUUAUAAGAACAUUUAGAAAAAGGCCAAGUUAG